AUUGGGCGGCAUUAUUUUCGAAUAUUCUUGCGAAAUAUACACGCAGAAGAAAAUUUACGUUUUUGGGAAUCAAUAAUUGAGUUCAAGCAGACUAAAAAUAAGAGUCCUGCUAUGCUGAAUAUGGGACGCAAUAUACAAAAGCAGUAUCUCGUGGAAGGAGCGCACAAUGAGGUGAUAUAUUUUUGCCAUUCGGGUGUAAGACAGCUAAUCGAGAAACGAAUCAAUGAAAAGGACGUGGACAGCACAUUGUUCGAUGAAGCUGUUAAGCACGUUGAGCAGGUACUUAGGAACGAUCCAUACGUCCGUUUUCUUCAGUCCACGGAAUACAACGAUUUGUUGGCGAAGCUGAAAUGA